AUGUCAGUCCACUGUUACUCCCUCUAUUCCAAUUCCCCAGACUCACACCGCCGCAACCACCACCAGGUCCGCCUGAUCCAAUGUCUUCAACAACACAUCCUCUUCAACCACCCUCAUCACAUCGACAUCGAUAUCCAUGGCCCUGAAAGUCUCUUCUACCCCGUAAUCACCACCUCCCGCAGUCCCCUUCUCGAAAUCGACUACAAUCUGCACAAAUCGAAUGCCACCUACUUCACUGAUCUAGACAUCAACCGUGUACAUCUCAUCGCAUGCCUAUUCAAAAAUCAGCUUGCUCUAGGCUUUUCCGGUGGUGAUUUAAACAUUGCACUUGGGUCGACGGCUUGUGUGUUUCGCAGAGAGAUUAAGCCGUAUCAAGCCUAUGAGAUUCAUACGCGUGUGUUGGCGUGGGACGAGAAAUGGCUGUACCUUGUUAGUCAUUUUGUGAUUCCAAGUAAGAAGCCAACGAGAGCUUCUCUUUUUUCGUCAAGUCAGCCUCAAUCCUUGAAGAAUGCUGGCCGUAAGGCGCAAACCGUUGGGGAGGCGCAAAAAGCUAUACUCGCAUCCGCCAUUACUAGAUAUGUGUUCAAGCGAGGACGAAUCUCCGUGGCACCUGAAAAUGUACUGACCAAGGCAAAACUCCUUCCUCCCCGUCAAGAUGGAAGCAGUAAAAGGCAAUCCUCCUCUUCUUGGACUUGGGAGACAGUGGAAGGCGAGCGACAGCAGGGGUUGAAGAUUGCUAUGUCAUUCCUUGGCUUGGAUGCCCUUCAUGGGAUUUUCAAUGGAAAUGAUGGAAAUGCGAUUGGGGUGUUUUGA